AAAAAAAGUCUCACGAGUGGGGAGAGUUUGUAAAUUGCGACUUCCAAUGGCGAGUUGCGAAUAAAGCGAAGAUAGAAAAAGUGCGGCAAAGGAUGUGUGUGCUUGCUUCAUUGUUUGCGUUGUGAAGUAGGUGAUCGAAGUCGUUGAAUGCUAUAUUCGUUUACGAAAUGAAGGAGGACGCGGAGAAAGAUAAAGGCAAAGACAACAAUAGGAUUUGGGGAGCUAUUCUCUUCGGCUUAAUUGGCGCCACCGUCACUACCUUUGCGGUCGGUCAGCUGCGGAGGAGUGUUGAAUGGUUCUAUACUCAGUCAUCCUGGAAAGGAGAGAGAAAUGGUUCUUUCCGAUCAGCUUUACAGGAAGAGGCAUGGAGGAGGCACAAUAAGCGAAUGCAAGAAGAGUUAGAGGAGGAGAUGGAAAGAGUGGAACGAAUAAGGCGUAUGCAAAGUGUGUUUAACAGAGAAAGGAAUAAGUAUAAAAGAAGCUAUGAGAGCUGGAGGGGAAGUGGUCCUGGUGCAUAUCAUCAGCAUUUCCAAAGAGAAGAUUGGUACUGGAAGGCUGAUACAUCCUUUAGAGACAAGAGGACUAAUUAUCAAGAAACUCCAAGAGAGAGUGGAAACUAUGCAUUAUCACAUCAUUACUCAGUUUUGGGUCUCGACAGGUUUAGAAAAACACCAUAUUCAGAAGCUGAGAUUAAGACAGCAUUUAGGACCAAGGCCAAGGAGUAUCAUCCUGAUCAGAACCAGGAUAAUAUAGUGGCAGCUGAGGCAAAGUUCAAGGAAGUGUUGACUUCAUACGAGGCCAUAAAACAGGAAAGAAAGAACCAUCAUUUGUAGUUGCCCCUAAAUCUGCCCAACUAUCCUGGGACUGGAAAGGAUGCGAGACUUGCAUAAUGCUUGUACGAAGUCUGGUAAUCAAGUACAAUUGUUGGCAGCAUGACUUGAUUGAGUGGCUAUGUCAUUGCCAAGCAUCGAACGCAGGGUAACAUAAGAAGGCUUAUAUAAGCCGUAGAAAGAGGCAGGGCCCUAGACCCCAAUGCUUUCCGAAGAUUGAAAUAUUGCCCCAUACAGAAAUGGGCAUAAUUGUUCGUCCGUUUUUAGAUGUUUAUUAGUGUCUCUUUCAUAUUUCUUAUUUAGGUUUUUUUAGUACUUGUUGAAAUCUUAUUUUUGUCUUUCACUAUUUUUUUUUAAUUCUGGGAAGGGGUUGCCCUAAAAUCACUAAUAUGUUGUUACUGUAUGCUAAACGGUGAUCGAUAUUUCUACUUUGGCAACAUGCACGAAACUAUUGGUAUCAAGUUUUCAGUUAUA